CUUGUUCUCUCAGUCUUAUCUUGUUUACUUAUUGCCUUGCAGAAGAUCAUUGUACAUACACAUUGAGAACCACUGUACUAGAGUCAAAUUACUCAUGUGCUCAAAACAUCUGGCUGAUAAAACUGAUUCUGAUUCUUAUUCUGGUAUUAAAUGUUUGUGUAACCUGAUGCUGCCAUUAUAUUGACAGACAUUGAAGGUGACAAAGUGUUUCAUAUUUGAAUCAGAAUUAGGUCAUUGAGGCCUCUGACAUAUUCGUUAAUUAUGCCACCUUUGGCCAGCUUUUUGUCUCCAUAAAGGUCUCUGUCUGUAUCUGGUUUUCAAAUCUGUUCUUCUCUUGGAGAAUGCCUGCAUGCGCAGUAUGUAUGUCUCUCUUGCCGGGCUCCAAACCCCUUUAUAAACCACGCCUGGGUCUCUUAGGCAUAGCUUUUGCAAACAGGGAGACAAGAAUCUAAGUACUGCUCAAAGCAAAAAAUAACUAAAAAUAAAAACCUGCCUUUAUCCUAACCGCUUCUUGCUCAGUUCAUUUUCUUGGGGUACUAUGUGGAAAAUUGUGGUGCUGUCUGUCUGUCUGUUGGUGGCUGGGGUUCAGCCCAUGGAGGAUCCAUCAUAUGGGGUGAAGCUCUGUGGCCGUGAGUUCAUCCGGGCAGUCAUCUUCACUUGUGGAGGUUCACGAUGGAGACGAUCACUCAGGAGUGCAGCAGAUUUUUCAGAGGACCCUUUCAGCUCCAAUCAAGAGGAGUCCUCAGAAGUCUUGAGUCAUAACUCUGUGGUGGAGAGUCAAUUCCAAAGGAACAGAGUUCCAAGCUUAGCAUCUAGAGACAAACAGGAGGGAGCAUUUAGCAGGUCAGCCCGUUCUUUCUUCACUGAAGAAAUCCUGGAUGCCCUACGCAAAGCUGACCGCAAAGGCCGGGAUGUGGUGGUGGGUCUGUCCAAUGCUUGCUGCAAGUGGGGCUGCAGCAAGAGUGAGAUCAGCUCCCUUUGCUGAGACACAAAUACGUACACAUUCACUGCCCUCCCCUCCAGUUCUCAUGAAUGUGAGGUCAUUUUAUAUCCAAUCUUUUUGUUAAACCAUGAGCUGUUUGAAAUGCUUUAUUCUUUGUAUCUACAAAGUGUAUGAAAAGGGCUGCCGUAUGUUUACAUUUUAUUUAGCAAAAUGCAUUCUAGACUUUGUAAUGAACAGCCUUGAAUUAGGUUUUGGUUUUCCCAACCACUAUCAUUUUAAUGUAUUUUUUUUUCAUUAUCAGCUAAAUUGUGUGCCUGUGAACUCAAGAGGAUAAAUGCAUUGUUAAAAUAAUAUGACAACAGACAGUAAAAGAAAAAAGUCAUUGCUAAUAGUGUCUCAUCCUGUUUGUGAGUUAUAAAUAGAUUGUUGGUAUUUUGCAUUUGUUUAAUAA